AUGCAGCGAGUCGAGGAGCACCAGAUACAACCACCGCCGCCGCCUCCUCCCGCACCUUCGCACAAACAAGCCCAGCAACAGCAGCAGCAGCAGCAGCAACCGAAGGCUCUGCGCUUUGUGACAAACUACGGAGCACCACACCCUAAGCGGUCAGUAACGGUCAGCCCGAUCCCUCUCGCAGAGGACGUGAGAGGACUGAUGUGUCAACUUACAGGCGUCGGAUUGGAGCGGCAUGUUUGACGUGCAGGAAACGCAAGACUGCCUGCUCCGGCGAACGACCCUUCUGCGAGACCUGUAAACAGAACAAGUUGGGGUGUGCCGGAUACUCCCCCGAAACCGCGGCACCUUCUCACAGGCGCACCGACUCAGAUGGCGCUCCGAGGAAAGCACCGGAGCAGCAUGGCAAUCAAAGAGGAGGCUCCGCCAACAAGGGCCCAUACACCCCAACCACAGAGCACAAGGGAAGUGGAAACGAGUCGUCGCGGACGCUGUCCGGUCCUCAAUCCCCACGCACGACUACCGGAGGCAGGGACGAUGCCAAAGAUGGAGGGCCAGGUCAGGAUUCCCUCUUCGCAGGUCCUCGAAAUCGCAUGCCCUACUUCCGAUGGCUGGGUCCAACGGCAAUCAUGCCAGGUUUCAAGCAGAUGGUCGUCAAGGUGAAGAGGCAUGACACAAAUGGUCACUCUUCCACAGAUGGCGGCAUGCAGUCUCCAUCUCUCAACAAUCUGCCACACAGCGACACCAAAACAACCGUGUAUGCCGGCACACCAGCUGCAGUCGAAUCUGACCUGAGGACGCCAUCGAAUCUGCCAUUCUAUGAUACAUCGCCCAUGCCACCGAGCGAGCUGAUAACCCACCUGGCCAACACAUUCUUCACUCAUCUUGGCUGCAACUAUCCCUUUCUGCAGAGGGAGAGAUUUCUGAGGGAUUUGGAAGAAAAGCAGGUCGACGCGAUCUUAGUGGAUGCGGUCUGCGCACUUGCGGCGCGUUUCUCAAACCAUUCUCUACUCACUCAGAUGACCACAGAAGGCGGCAACAAAUCGAGUCCCGCGGAAUAUGGCCAUGCGUUUGCCCAGCGAGCAAAGACGGCACUGACCGAUGCAUUUCCCUGCCCAACAGUGGCUGCUGCUCAGGCAGCACUUUUGCUCGCUUACAAUGAAUUUGGAGAACAACGAGACAGUGGUUUGUGGAUGUAUCUGGGCAUCUCGAUUCGGUUGGCUCAAGAUCUUGGAUUGCACAAGCUCGAAGGCUUACGGUAUGUUGGCAAGGAUGGCCCGACUCCGAAAGCAGUGAAGCGAGCAUCUCAGAGCGGCGACUAUUCUUCCGGAGCAACGAUCAAGCCCAACCCAUACUCCGCGAGUGCAAAGCCCAAAGAAUCCGAGCAGGCGAGUAAAGAACAGACACCAGAAGAUCAGAAGACUGAGGAUGAGACGAGGGCAGUUGAGCAGGAGCGAGUCGAUACAUUCUGGGCAAUCUUCUUUCUCGAUCGCGUCGUGUCCUCCGGCACUGGCCGAAGAAGCACCUUGCGCGACAAGGACAUCGAGCUCUCUUUCCCACCUUUGAGCCAGAAAGACAAGAGUUCGGACUGGCCGGCUCCCUUUCCCGCUCUGAUCCGUAUCAUUCAUCUCUAUGGCCGAGUUGCCGAUCUCCUAAACAGUAUCAAGGAACCCUCGGACUUUACGACAGACACACCCAAGCGAUUGGCAUCCAUGGAGAGUCAAGUCACAAACUUUUAUCAGAAUCUUUCACCAAGAUUGCACUUCGAUGCGGUGAACUUCCAGCACUACAUGAAGGCCGGCGAAGGUACAAACUUCGUUUUGCUUCAUUUUUGGUUCCAUACCCUCAUCAUACUGUUGCAUCAACCAACGCUGUUGAAGACUUUCGAAGGACGGAUGCUACAGCUGUUCCCGAACUCGCAGCAGUUGGCGAUGAGCAGUGCGAAGACAAUCGCAGACAUUCUGAGCUACUCGCAAUUAAUGGACGCGAAAGCUUCGCUUGGAAACCCGUUUACUACGCAGCCGAUUUACAUAGCAGGUUGCGCAUUUCUCAGAGAGUCAGUGGAACAGACAGCCUCAAGCACCCACCACUCGCGCGCAACGAGCCCGAGUCGCAGCAAGGAUCCCACUUCUGAUGCAACGACAUCCGUCAAUGGGGCAUCAGCACAGGCCUUCAGGAAAGCCUCGAUCUCACAAACCACAACCAACACAUCCGCCGCUGGAAGCGAGGGGAAACCGCAGCUAGCCAAGCACACUUUGUUAGCAACAGCGGCUAGUCAACAUUACCAGUUAUGCUACAAGGCACUUCAGUCGCUAGAGACCUUCUGGGCCGGGACGAAGUACAUUCUGACCAUCAUGGACCAGAAGUUCGAGGGCAAUGUGGAUCCUUUGUUAUAUACAACCGAGGAAGCCGAAAGUUCCCUGGAGCUGCCACGCCCAGAGCCUGCAUUCACAUCACCUGGCUGGCGGAGAAAGCUCAGCUGGGGUCCGUAUGCUGGAGGCGGCAGUGGUAAUAGCGAUCAGUCUCCCUCGUGGCCGCCGAAAGGUCUUGGGCAAGUGCCUGGCAGUCCACGGGGAGUAGACCCCAGCAAAGGUACGUACGGUGCGAUUGAGGAUCCACUCAUCGGCACCGCUGAUGAUCAUUACACAGCCAUCGGCUGGACACUCACGGGCACAAUGAAUUCGCCUUCAACAAAUCUGGCCUGGCACUACGCAAGUGGUGGUGGUGGCGCUGGUCAUAAUCCGAACUUGGAUCCUCGGCUUAGCUCUGUGAAUCCAGCCGAGUACGAUGCAGCUACCGGACAGCUGCCGAAUGCUCAAUAUCCCAGACAUCCACAUGCCGGUUCCACUAGCUCCCAGCGACUUGCGGCUCAAGAAAAGCUUGGCCGACAAGCAAUGUCGAAUUACGCCGGUGGAGGCACGGCAGCUUCAAAUGGGGAAGCUGAAUCGAUUCUGGGCGUUGGAUCUCCGUACAACCAGCCGGGAGGUGCACAAUCUCCUGGAAACCCAAUCACCGGCGACUCCUACCCUGCAAGUCUCCAUCCUCCAAUGCCCGCUCCAACCAGCGGCGGUGCUGGGAUGAACGGCAAUGUCGGUCAGUCCUUCGCCUCUCCGGCUUUCUUUGAUGGGCCGGGAGGCGGCUUGCCGAUGAGUUUUGCUUCUGGAGACAUGAUGAUUGAGCAGCAAGAUGUGGACAUGAGCAUGCUUGGUCUUGAGAUGAUGCCCUGGUUCGUCGACUCAUACCCAACCCAGGACAUGAUGGGCAUGUUUGAUCCCAACGGACAGACCGGUGGUGGUGCUCAAGGCUCGGGCAGCAAUGGUGCUUCGGGACGGCAGUGA